AUGGAAGACGUGGAGGAGUCACCAUCUGCCCCCCCCGCAAAGAGGGCCAGAGUGAAGACCCCGCCUGAGGCUGUCCCAGUGCCAGUGCCGCCGCUUGGCCCGCACAAGCCUGGGUCAUCAGUUUUGUCAGGGGAGGGCUCCUGGCAGCCACCCCCUUCUGACACGGACUCCAUCCUUCCCAUCUUGCGCAAGAUGAUCCCGCAGACCCGCGCAGCUGCGCUGGAAUGGAUGAAAGAUCACAUGCCCACUGAGGCAGGGUCAGCCACCCGCAUCGAGGACAUACCGCCGCUCAAGGUGGCAGCACCGUCUGGCCACGUAACGUCUGGUAUCAAGGAGAUCAUGAAUGCAAGGAACAUGGAGCUGGCGCUGAAAACGCAAAAGGUUUAUGAGGCAGGGUCAAGCAUUUGGAUCUUGUCUGCCCAGCCCACGGAUGAGUUUGAUGAGAGCUGGAAAACCUAUGUCGAUGUGGGCAACAGCGUCUUCAGGCCCAACAAGCACACGGGUCACAUCUUGCUUGAACUGGCUUUCGCAGCAAAUGUGGGCGACGUGAUCCCAAAGGACCUGCCGCAUCAUGUCAACUUAGUUUCAGGGCAGAAGGCGUUCUUUGCCUUUUAUGUUGCGCUGGCCAAUGCGCUCCGGAUCAACGACAACGACAGGGUGAAGGAGUUGAUGAUCUUCUCUCUCAGCACCACAGUGAGGUUGUUUUUGGGCAUGGACUCCUCAACAAUGCUCCUGGAGAUCAACGGGGUCAAUAACCACAUGAAAUCCCUGGGCAACCUCUGUGAGGACUCGUGGCUGACAUGGUCACUGAGGGCGCAGGACUUCGCAGUGCUACACAAUGUGAGGUUGUCAGGGUCGGAUAAAUGUGCUUCGAGCUUGAACAAGUUGGGCCUGAACUACCUGGGUCAGCCCCUGAACAAGAACCAUGCGCACACACUUGGGCUUCAGAGCCAGAUGCUGUGCGACGAAGCCAUUGAGGUUCUCAGGGCCAUGGACAGACUGUACAACAGCCGCCCAUUGACAAAGGAUUACACAAAGCUUCUGAGGUUGCUCAAAGCUGUCCAGGGUCAGGCCACAGUGGCUGGAAAGACUACUUUCGUCGCAACUGAUGCAGUGACGUAUGUCAUCAGCUUCAUCUUUGUGGAGCUCUUGAGAGGAUCAAUUGAUGCAAACUUUUUGACGGUCGCAGCGCUGGACCCACUUUCCAAGCCUGGGUUUGUGUCCUUGCUGCUGACAAGGCAGCGGGUGCUUCAGUAUUUGAACAGUUUGGUGUCGGUCAUGGAGGAUUCAAAGGCCAAGACGGAGAUGCAGACGGUCAUGACUGACAUUUUCUUGGAGCCGGAGAGGUGGAACAACACUUUUCCCAGCGAGCAUGCAACAGAGACGCAUGAGGAAACGGAGGCAGGGCCAAUAGGAACAGCGUCAGGAGGGUCGACGGAGCAGAGCAACACACAGGGCUCCGCCUUGGAUGGUUUUCUUGCAAAGCUGCAGCAUGCCAGCAGCAAGAAGUUGGCCCAGCUGGCGCACGGGGUCAAUUCAGGUGACUAUGACAAGGGCUUGGUGCUUGUCGCCUCGGAUUCAAAGCUUGAGGAAGUCCUGAAUGACGGUGAAAGGGUCAAAAAGGAGCCCCAGCUGCAGAGCCUGAACACACAUCUGCGAGCCUUCGAAGCGUUGUUGGAGACAGCUCGCGCUGCUGAGGAGCGCAAGGAUGUCUGGCGGCGGGCGCAGGCCACCAGAAAGAAGUACGCCAAUGUUGUGGUUGCCAAUUCUCUGGAGGAGAUCACGGCUGCAGUUGUGAGGUUCAAAGAGAUGACCAAACCCAGGGUCAAACUGAAUGAGGCUCAUGAGAUUGUUGUGCUGAGCUUGGACUGUGUGGAGGAGGCAGUGAUGAAACCUUGGCAGAGAACAUCGCAGCUGGCUGGGCUGAGCGAGAAGACCAUGAAGGGUCUCAACGGGUGCCUCCAGUACCUGGGACAGCUUGCAAAAAGCUUUGAGAUUGGGGUCAUUUUUGAUGGCUGCAGCAAAGACAAGCGCCGCUCACUGGACAGCCUGACUGCCAUCAGUGCCAAGGACAUGAGUGAGGGGAUCCUUGUCUUCGCGCCCAAGGAGAAGAACAAGACGAAGGACCAAGGUUCAGAGGUGAGAACCAGAACAGUUGCUUUCCAGGAUCAGCACCACGAGACCUUCCACAUGCGCUUCGGGUGUGGCAACCGCUCCAAAAUCUCCAAGGGUCAGGAGGGUGACUUCCAGACCUGCUACACAGACGUGUCCAAGGUGACAUGUCUUCCGAGGGUGUCGCAGGCGUCCAAGAAGGAUGCGCUUGGCCUGGGUCAGGAUGCCACCAUGGCGCCAGCGUCAUUCUCUGAAGACCAGGCUGUGCCGUGGUUCUGGGGAGAAACCAAGGGUCAGGGAUUUUGGGAGAAGUUCCUGAAGAGCUACAAGGCGUCGGUGGUGAUUGACCUCAGGGUCACGACUCAACUGGGCCUAGCGGCCAUGUCAAUGGGACUGGCGUCUGGGUCAAAGCAGGCAACCUGGAUGUCGAACAUUUUGGACCUAGGGUCAUUGGAGCACAUUGUCAAGAACCAGCAUGCCAUGUUCACCCAAGAACUUGCCACGGCAAUCAAAGACCUGUAUGCAGACGAGCUUGAGACACUAGCCUGGACAGCCGUCAUCAAUUUUAUUUAUGUUAAUGAUAAUAGACCUAGACUGUUCUCAGGUUGA